UUGGCGUUGGACGGUGACGCUGGACUGAGGAAAUGGCAGGUUUUAGGGCUUGGGGUUGACAUUGAGUGUCUGAAUUUCUAGCAAUUCAAACCCUAAAGUGUAGAAAAUCUUCGUUCUUUUAUAAUUUUAUGAGAGAGGGCUUCCUACCCGAACAAUAAGCCCAUGCUCGGCCAAGGCGGCCCUAUCCGGACAAAGAGGGCUCCUCAAUUGUUUUUGCCUAUGCUAUACUUGGUGCCAAACUUGCCCGAUCUGGGACCCCACAAUUUUACAGACAACCAUUUCCCGCCAUGUUAAUUCUUUUGGGGGCACAAUCACUCACAUUGUUUCGCUUCAUAAAACCCCCUAUCUCUGUGUGUGUGUGUGUGUGUGUGUAAAUGCUCUAGUCUAUAAUCCAAGAUUAGCGGCAGUUUGGUAGUAUCUAAAUAAAGCAUUUGGUCCCCAGCUUAAACCUCGUACAGGUUGAGAGGCAACAUGGGGAUUCAGGGGCUGUUGCCGCUGCUGAAAUCGAUCAUGGUGCCAAUCCACAUCAAGGAAUUGGACGGCUGUUGUGUUGCGGUCGACACCUAUUCUUGGCUCCACAAGGGUGCCUUGUCUUGCAGCAGAGAGCUCUGCAAAGGCCUACCCACCACCAGGCACAUUGAAUAUUGCAUGCAUAGAGUGAACCUGCUACGACAUUGUGGUGUUAAACCUAUCCUUGUAUUCGAUGGAGGUCUUUUGCCAAUGAAGGGUGAACAAGAGAACAAGCGUGCCAGGACGAGGAAGGAAAAUCUUGCACGUGCUAUUGAGCACGAGUCAGGAGGAAAUUCUUCUGCUGCAUAUGAGUGCUACCAGAAAGCUAUUGAUAUUUCACCUCUGAUUGCACGUGAACUAAUCCGGGUAGGAUAAAGGCUUUUUUGAGGCACAAGAGUAGACUAAUUCUCCAAAAGGAUCAGAUCAUGAAAUAGAUUUAUAUUUCUAGAUGCUUCUUCGAAAUGUUAUCUCCUUUCCUAUUGACAUUAUUUCGUAUGGAAGGUGUCAAAACAGGAGAACGUGUCUUAUGUUGUGGCUCCUUAUGAUAAGAGAAAUGUUUGCUUACAUUAUCUUGCAUAUCUCUUGUUCAUCUAUUUUGUAAAUCCAUCGUUGAAUGUGUAGGACUCAUACUGAUCUCACACAUUCAAUG